CAACUGGGAAAGCCUGAAUAACUCAAUUCUAACCUCUCUACUUUUUGGGAAGUUUCGUGAAUGUCAGAGCGUGGUGUGUUUUUUGGUUAACUUAUCUUAUUCACAUUUUAUCAGGAUGUACGACGAUUAUAGCGAUCAGUACGAAGGUGGUGAGGAGUAUGGACAUGGUCAGACGGAAGAAUAUCCUGAAUACAGCCGAACGGCUUUCAGGCAAGUGCCGGAAUCCGUCAGGAAGUUCCUGGUGUACUUUCGAAACUGCAUCAACGAGGGAAUGAUUUUCGAGGUCCAAAACCUCUACGAGAAUACCUUUCCAAAAAUGUCCGACCAGUAUUUCGACAAAACAACUUGGCCGGAUGAGAGUGCUAUUGCUCACAUGGUCGAGAACGAUCCCGUCUUCCUCAUCCUCUACAAGGAACUUUACUACCGUCACAUUUAUGCAAAGAUGCCGGGUCCCUCUCUAGAACAGCGAUUUGGAUCCUUUUACAAUUACUGUGACUUGUUCAAUUAUAUUCUAAACGCAGAUGCACCAGUUCAGUUGGAAUUGCCGGAUCAGUGGCUCUGGGAGCUGAUCGACGAGUUUGUCUACCAAUUCCAAUCUUUCACUCAGUAUCGUGCCAAUCUCACGGGCAAGACUACCGACGAGCUAGAGAAUUUGAACACGCACACGAAAGUCUGGGAUGUGCUUUGCAUUUUGAACGUUUUGCAUUAUUUGGUCGACAAAUCCAAGAUCAAGAGCCAGUUGGAGGUUUAUGCGAGCGGUGGCGAUCCUGAUUCGGUGGCUGGAGUUUUUGGAAGACACUCCUUGUACAAGAUGCUGGGAUAUUUUGCUCUCGUUGGUCUCUUGAGACUUCACUCGCUACUUGGAGAUUACUAUCAAGCCAUCAAGGUUCUUGAGAAUGUUGAGUUGUACAAGAAGAGCGCCUAUUCGCAUGUACCAGGAUGCCAGAUUUCCACUGCCUACUAUGUGGGAUUCGCUUACAUGAUGAUGCGCAGAUACGCCGACGCAAUCCGUACUUUCUCAAGCAUCUUGCUCUACAUUCAACGAACUAAGCAACUAUUUUCUUCCAAAAGCUACCAAAACGACCAGAUCAACAAGCAAACCGAGCAGAUGUUCCACCUUCUAGCAAUUUGCUUGGUCCUUCACCCUCAGUGCAUAGACGAUGGUUUGAGUCAAGUUCUUCGAGACAAGAAUUAUCACGAGAAGAUGUACAAGAUGCAGUACGGCGACCUGGCUGAAUUUGAGAAUUGCUUCCUCUUUGCCUGUCCCAAAUUCCUUUCCCUGGUUCCACCAGGUCCUGGCAAAGCAAACGAGGACUACGCGAAAGAGGCCAUCAAACAUCAGACUCAAGUAUUCAUGGACGAAGUAGUCCAGCAAAAAAUGCUGCCCACUAUCCGUUCCUAUCUGAAACUCUACACGACUCUGCCGCUCACGAAACUAGCGACAUUCAUGUGCAGCUCUAGAACUGAUGAGUGGGAUCUUGAUAAGGAAGUAGCAAAUCUGACGAUUCAUUUGCUUUGCUUCAAACAUAAGAUGAAGAAUAUUGUCUGGACGAAAGGAGCCUCUGGGUUGGAAGGAAGGUUCCAGUCCGGUUCUGAGCUGGACUUUUACAUUGAUCACGACAUGAUUCACAUCGCCGACACAAAAGUGGCCCAUCGCUAUGGCGAUUUCUUCAUUAGGAAGAUUUUAAAAUUCGAGGAACUCAACCGAAAGUUGCAUCAUAUAAAGAUCUAAAUAUCUCAAAUAAUCAAUUUUGUAUUCUAUUAUUUCUAGGUAUUGAAAUAAAAAAAUACACUUUUACAAU